AUGUUCAAGAAAUUUGGCAAGGAGGAAGUUCACUCUCGCUCAAACAUCAAAUCAUCUGUUCAAAGAGGCCUCAAGGCGAACUUCGUCAACCAUUUUGAGAAAAUUGAGCCUGUCAUCGACGAUAUUAUACCGAAGAAGUCCCAGGUGAUCUUGAUCAAAUGCGAGAACAAGAUUCAAUGCUAUGCUGUCGAAGACAAUAUUGUUUUAUUUCAACACUUCGAUGAUUUGGUGCCCCACUUGAAAGUUGUGCACAAGUACCCAGACUUGUUUCCUCGUGUCCAGGUUGACAGAGGUGCCAUCAAGUUUGUCAUGUCGGGCGCCAAUGUGAUGUGUCCAGGAUUGACAUCAGCGGGAGCCAAGUUGCCUGAAGAAAACUUGGAAAAAGAUACCAUUGUGACGAUUUACGCUGAAGGAAAAGAAUCAGCCUUGGCCAUUGGCAAAUUGACCAUGAGCACCGACGAGAUCAAGGCCAAAAAUAAAGGAGUGGGUAUUGAGUUGUUGCAUUACUUGGGAGACGGCUUGUGGCACUUUGAUGCUAGUGUCUGA